UUUACAUCCAGUGAGCCAUUGUUUUGAUUAAGAUGGCGGAGGGACAACGUGAUGAUCUUGCAAAAAAAUUAGACGAAGAUUUAGAUAAACAUAUUGCAACAGUUCUUGAAAAGAACAAAGAUUUUAAAUACAAGGAUGGAUUAUGCGAAGAACACUUAGACGAGCAACUUCGACGUAUACCUGCAUUUUGUAAUGAAGUACCUACACAAGAGGAUAUAGAUGCGUCACCUGCUCUACAGGCAUUGCAAGCAUUGAAAUAUGAAGAUGAAGAUCCUCAUGCUUGUGCACUUUCGCAUAAAGAAGACGGAAACUUUCAUUUCAAGAAGAAAGAUUACAAGCUAGCUAUAAAAGCUUACACAGAGGGGCUAAAACUCCAACACGAAGACGACACUUUGUCUGCUGUAUUGUAUGCGAAUCGUGCGGCUUCCAAUUUUUAUCUUGGCAACAACCGUAGUGCAUUGAACGAUGCAACAUGGUCUUUAAAGCACAAGCCAGAUCACAUGAAAGCUAUUAUUCGUGGAGCAAUUUGUUGCUUCGAUUUAGAAAAAUAUGACGAGUGCAUAAAAUGGUGCGAGUCUGGAAUGAAGAUUGAUGAAAAAGAAAAGAAACUUAUCGAGUUGAAGAAGAAGUCAACGCAUCAGAAGAAACAACAAGAACGCGAUCGAAGAAAAAAUGAAAUGAAAGAAGUGAAAAAUUUAACGAAACGAAACAAUUUGUUGGAUGCUCUUGAGUCUCGAAACAUCAACUUGGAACGCCCGGAUAAGGAUAUAUCGACACGGAAGAACUUAGAAAUGCUACUAAUGGACAAUAACGCGCCUCAUAGUGGAAAGAUAUAUUUAGACGAAAACAAUGCGCUUCAUUGGCCGGUUUAUUUUCUUUAUCCGGAAUAUAACCAAUCAGAUUUCUUGGAGGACUUUAACGAAAACAUGAGAUUCAUUGAUCAAAUGGCUAUGGUAUUCGAAACACUUCCAAGUUGGGAUAUAAACAAAAAUUAUGUGUUGGAGAACGUGCAAAUUUAUUUUGAAGAUCGUAAAAGAAGUUUACUGGUACAUAUUAAACCGGAGCUCACUCUUCAAAAGGUUCUCUCUGAUAAGAGAUUUCAACUACGUGGUGGGUGCCCAGCCUUUAUGUUGUUAUCGACGAAAACGGAAUUCUAUCAACAAACAUUUGAAAAUCAAAAAUCUGAAGAAUUUGUAUAGUUGACAACAAUAUAUACUGCUCUUUAGCCAAUGGAGCAAUACA